AUGUUCGCCUCGACAUUCGCUCGGUCGACUCGACCGCUCGUCUACGCUUCAACCCGUCAAGGGUUCGCGUCUACGAGCUCGUGCGCUCCCAGUUGUUCCUUCUCGACCACUUGCAGCUCCUUCGCUUCGUCGAGCUCGUCCACCCCUCCAUCUCCACCGUCAUCCUCCACCUCCACCCGCCCCUCCACUUCCCCCGCCACCUCCUCCGACUCACACCUGACCCCCUCCGAAGCCGAGCUGAAAAAAGUCGAACAACGCAACACCACUCCCCCACCUUACCUCUCCCGUGCCCUGGGCGUGACCAAUAAACCCUCCACCGACCCGGUGACGAGGGAGGAAUGGAAGCGCAACCUGUUGAGCAAGCAGAGGAGGUUGGACGAGAGAAAACACUUGUCAGCUGCGAAUUCUGGUACGAUCCCGAUCGGGCGCGCCGAGGCUGAUUCCUCCUCGGGCUGAGGACGACAGGGUCAAACAAGUUUCGAAAGGCUAUUUCAACGAUUAUAACGAGUUGAGGCACCAGGGAGGCAAAAAAUGGAUCGCACCCAAUACACUCGUCCGAGAAGAUGUAGGUUCAACCACACGGCAUAUGCGAGCGUGGGCGCUGACCGCCACGUUGGGAAAAACCCUGCCUUUCCGCCCCCGCAGUUGUCGCUCUACUUCCCCGACAUACAAGGCGUCUCGUUGGCGAACAAGGCCAAGACGCAUACGACCGAUUUAUGGAAGGGUAAAAUCUCGCUCGUCGCCAUUGGCAGCUUCAAGAGUUCAGAGGUAGGUCCUGGAUCACGGUCGCACACAAUCGGUGAAUAGGCUGUCAAUGUGGUCGAAUGCAGGAACAUGUCAAUUCGUUCGUGAGACCGGCUCUGUCGGAUAUGAAGGAUGAACCUCUUUUUCAAUACGUCUACGUGGGUCCAGGAUUCCCGAGUCAGGCGGUCCCCCUUUCGAUCUGACUGUGUGAACUCCUUCGCCACAGAUCAACGCGCAAGAAAACCCGUUAAAAUCGUUCCUGGUGACCAUGUUCCUCUCUUCCCUCCGUCGUCAAAUACCCGUCCAACACCAACCGACUUAUCUCCUCUCCCACCAAUCCUUCGAAUACCUGCGUGAACCGUUGGGAAUGACGAACAAGCACGUCGGGUACGUUUACCUCGUCGAUUCGAAUGGGAAAGUGAGAUGGGCGGGGUGCGAUUGGGCGACGUUGAACGAGGAAGAGGCGCUGAGGAAGUGUUGUCAUGUGUUGGUGGAGAGGUACAAGAAGGAUCAUGCGGGUGCGAUUGAGGGUGGGGAGAGGGCGAAAAUCUAG